CAACGUUUGUGACACCGACGUAUGUAAAGAGCGGGCAAAUCAAAUUAGGGAUUCGAUAGACACGUCCACUGAACCCUGCGAAGAUUUCUACGCCUACGCCUGUGGAGGUUGGAGGAAAAAAAACAUCGACAAACUUAACGGACGAUCAUCUUUCGGUAUUAUACAGAUGCUCAGUGAGAACCUGAGGCAAAGCCUGAAAAGAAUAAUAGAAAAUGUUCCACUUGUAACAGAAAAUCAGAGCAUCGUGGAAAAGAUCGCCAUUGCGUUCAAUGCCUGCGUAGCUCUUUCGGAUGCCAAAGAGCCGCAUGUCGAUCUCCUCCAAAUAUUGAAGUCAUCUGGACUUGAAGGCUGGCCGAUUGCGUCUCAAACCGAUGAUACAACCUCAGGCAUGAAAAAUUCCAAGGAAGUGCUACUGAAAACUGGAAUACAUUCUGUACUCGGCUUCUACAUCGGGAGAGGUGUGACAGAUCCCGGUUCCUAUUAUAUACAGCUUGAUCAAGUUGAUUUAAAUUUGGUGCAACGAGACGUGCUCCUCCACCCAUGCAACGAUGAGAACAAGCCCGUAAUUGAGGCCUACAAAACGCUAAUGGAAAAAACUAUGGAGUUCGUGAAACCAGACAUCUCAAAAGAAGAGCUUUCCAGGAUAUCGGAAACACUCCUGAAAUUUGAGGAGCAGCUGGCCAGCGUGAGAACUUCGUAGUGGCCACAUCAUUAACGGAAACUUUUCUUACGAUGGCUUAUUUAAGCGGGAAAAUGACUCCUUGCCCUGAAAUAUUUAGGGUAGUUUUUACACACCAGCAGAGUAAUUCUAAGUUUGAAGUGUUCUACGGAAUUUUUGUAAACGGCUAUUGAACUAGCCAGCCUGUGUUAGGUAGCACAAGUACGUGUUCAUAAUAUGAUAUAUACACAUUUGCGCCAAAUUAUGCUGAUGACAUGAAAACGACGUCUUUGUACAAAGACUGACUUACGUAGGUACGGCCUUAAACAAUAAACAAGGUCAUAUGCUCUCAUUAAAGCAUUUUCUUGCAGGCAUUAUAUACAUGUUUUUAUAUCAAAUAAUACAAAUAGAAAUAAUCCCAGACCAUUCAUACAGUAACACAGACAGUACGAUUACCGGCUACGAGGGGUUGAAACGUUGAGCAAGACAAGACGGUUGUAAAAGAAGCAAAAGGGACAAUACGAAAGGCACCUGAAAAGUUGCACCGACA